CACUUAUCCUUCAUCACUUCUGGAGAAAGAAAGGUCUUUCUUUAUUCUUUCACGAUCAUAACCAUCAAUCAUCCUUUUUUUUUUUACUCGUAUUCGUAAACUCAUACACAAGGAUAAAAAAAAAACAAUUGAUCGACCAGUUUUCUAAUGACUGGGAUUGUCGCUCGCCUCAACACAGCCAUCGCCAAAUCAUUUAUCGGGCGAUGGUUCUUGCUCGAGGGAUCAUCUCAUCCUCGGGCUCGUGCCAACACUCGUUUCUCCACAGAGAUCCGAGCUGGUUUCGCAACCUUCGUCACCAUGGCAUAUAUCAUCUCAGUUAAUGCCCUCAUUAUCUCCGACACUGGUGGAACUUGUGAGUGUGAUUUCGAUCCAAUGGACCCUCUUAAAGGUGGUGCUGCUGCAGCCGGAGGGGGAGUCCCGGGAGCAAGUGCGGCCAACAGGAUUGCAUAUUGUGGUUCUAAUCCAGAAUACAUGGCCUGUGUGGACAUCAUCCGGAAAGACAUGAUUGUUGCCACAGCAGCCAUGGCUUGUAUUGCAUCAACUGCUAUCGGUAUCUUUUCAAAUUUGCCUUUAGGCUUGGCUCCUGGAAUGGGAAUUAAUGCUUAUUUCACCUACACAGUCGUUGGAAAGUUUGGAAGUGGCAAGAUCAGCUACAGAGUUGCUUUGGCGGCUGUCUUUAUCGAAGGUAUUAUCUUCUUGAUCCUCUCAAUCCUUGGACUUCGUCAAUGGCUCGCUCGCUGUAUCCCUCGUAAUAUCAAGGUCGCCACAGGAGUCGGCAUUGGUAUUUAUUUGACAUUCAUUGGAAUGCAGUCUUCUGCCGGUAUUGGUCUCAUCCGUGCAGAUCCUGCGACCUUGGUGACUCUUGGAGGCUGUAAUGCAGAAUAUCUGGAUGCUUCGGGCGUAUGUACCGCUGGUCGAAUGGAGUCCCCCAGGACAUGGAUGGGUGUCUUGGGUCUCUUCUUAAUCUCUAUCCUGGGCAUGUACAGAGUCAAAGGAUCGAUCCUGAUUGGUAUCCUCUUUGUCGCAAUUGUCUCUUGGUUCAGAAACACUGAGGUCACAUAUUUCCCGUAUGAUGCUGCGGGCAACAGUCGGUUUGAUUACUUCAAGCAGGUGGUUAAUUUCCAUACAAUCCAAAAGACAUUGGGAGUCAUGCAGUUUGAGCUCAACUCGGGAGAAUUUUGGCUCGCACUCAUCACAUUUCUCUACGUCGAUAUCCUGGACACCACAGGCACCAUGUUCUCGAUGGCUCAAUUUGCAGGAUUCAUGGACCCUAAAACUGGAGACUUUGAGGGAUCUACACCAGCUUUCAUCACAGAUGCACUCUGUGUUUCCUUGGGUGCUGUUUUCGGUACCUCGGAUGUCACGGCCUUUGUUGAGUCUGGUGCUGGUAUCACCGAGGGCGGACGCACAGGCUUGACCGCUGUGAUGACAGGAUUCUGUUUUUUCAUCUCCCUCUUCUUUGCGCCCAUCUUCUCGGCGAUCCCACCUUGGGCGACAGGCCCUGCCUUGAUCUUUGUUGGGUCCUUGAUGACAAAGUCGGUCACUGAUAUCAACUUUAACUACGUUGGUGAUUCCAUCCCUGCGUUCUUGACCCUGGUCAUGAUGCCAUUGACGUACAAUAUCGCCUAUGGCUUACUAGCAGGCUUGUUGGCUGCAAUCGUCAUCAACGGCACAGUCUUUAUCAUUGAAAAGCUCUCGAGAGGACGAUUGGUUCCACCAAACAAGAAUGAGCGUGAUCCUAUCAUGUCCUUCCGCAUGGGCCCACAGGGUGAAGGAGUGCUGCCUCCAUGGUUAGUCCGCUUGAUCAGGAGAUUCAAGGGUCAGGAUCCCUUAGAGCAUGUCGAACAUGGCAUUGGAGCUGGAGCCUCACAGGAGACUUUGCCUACACCCGAUACAAAAGUAACAUCGCAUAUCAAGGAUGCAUCUGUCAGUGCCGGCGCUGAUACUGGUGUUGGUGCUGGCGCUGGCGCUGGAGCUAGUGCUAAUAGAAGCAAUGGUGAUGGCGCCAUCGGCUCAACAGGAGAUGUUGAGAUUAACAAAGAAAAGAUAUCAGAGAACCAGCCAUCGACAACAUCGGGUGCCGAAUACGCACAAACCCGCAGAACUAGCCAUCAUCGUGUCAACACAGGAUCUGACCGCCGUGAUGACUUGUAGUUCGUCAUAUC